AUGAAUUGUGAUGAUGGUACUGUACUUUCAUGUCCAGAUGUAUGUGGAGGUGGUAAAAUUUCUGGUAAUGAAGAAUGCAAAGAUGAUAAUAAUAUUUAGUUUGAUGGAUGUUAUAAUUGUAAAUUUCAAUGUUAAGAAUCUUGCACAAAAUGCCUAAUGGGAGAGUAUCAAAUGAAUUAAUUUAAGUUAUCAAUACAUAGACCCAUAUACCUGGGGAUAUAAGGAGAGAUGUGGAGAUUAAAUGAUUGUAGGAGAGGAAUAAUGUGAAGGUGGAAAUUAAUCAAAUACUGAUGGAUGCAAAGAAUCUGGAUAUUUUGUAGGGUUGGAUGUUGGUAAUGCGAUAAUGUCAAAAGAAAUGUCUUGCUUGCGAAUUUCCUAGAUUAAUUCCAAAUUAAUAUUUUUGUUAAGAAAACUGUGGAGAUGGAAUAGUUACAGCAGAUCCUUAUGGAUUUUCUAAAGAAGUUGA